AUGAUAUCAGAUUCAGAUGAAUCACCAACCACAGAUGAUCAUGAGUACACGAUAGACGACUACUACAAACUCGUUAAGCCCUUGUGGUCGCACAAGAACGUCAAUUUUGACCCAAAAAUCGACCACCACAAAGUCUUUCGCAGCUUAGUCGACUUGAGUCUAACACGGACCAUGCUACUAUCGGAUCUACAAAAGACAAGCAUAGCCAUAGGAGACUUGUCAGUGAGGAAAAUGAGAAACGUUGAUAAUAUUGUCGUGCGAAUAGGUGAUGAUAGUUUGGAUUCCGACUCGUUCUCGAAAAGUCAAGCCAAAGAAAGUGAUGUUAGGAGUCAUGAGUCUUCCUCAGUUCUAGCUAGCAGUGGUACAUUGUACAGUUCAUGCGUGAGGUCAAGGUACGUCGAGUUUUGUCCUUGUUCAGCAAUCAGUGCCUAUUUAUUCAGUCGAUUUCAUAUACCCAACCACGAAGGCCAGUUGGAGUUACAGUUAGAGGACCCGGAGGAUACAACUUCAAUACUUAAGGUCAAACUUCUUAGAGGACGUAAUAGCGUCGUACCAAUGUCAUCGUCUCAACAAGCAAAGACGAUUGGUAAAGUUUUGAAAAUUGCCGGCUUCAAUCGAAGUGAUACCAACUUGAGGAGAUUAUUGUUAGCCCACGCUUUUGAGCUACCAGCAAGGUUGUCUGCCCAAAUGAUUGAGGAUUUACCGUUUGAUACCGUGGUGCAGGUGGCUGGCUUUGAUACUGAAAAGGAUUAUUCCAUCUUACGAAGUGCCUGCAACCCCCCACAGAAUUUGCUAGAUAAAAUUUUCCCAUUUAUCAACGAGGCAGGAGGAGAGAAGGGAAGUAAACCACGGAAGGGUAGUGAGGUGGGUGGUAGUGAAAACUGCACUUUGGCAAGUCAAGAAACUAUUGAUGUCAAGCAAAAACAAGUUAGAGAAUUACUCAAAAUGUUGAGAGAAAGUUUGUGUCAAGAUAUGAUUAUUAUCAAAAAAAGGUACCCCCAUAACCCGCUUCUGAAAUGUGAAAUAUUCAACUCUCCUGAAUUUGAAGCAUUUGUAAAAAAAGUUGAGAAGAAUGGAGACUAUGAUCGUUUGAUGAGAGAGUCGUGCUUCAAUCCUCAGGACGAUGAGACAGAGAGUGAUUCUGACGACCCGUGGCCGUCGUCGAUUGAUUUUGACUCCAAGGAGGACAUGCAAAGACUAAUGGAGUUUCAAAACAGUAAACUUAAGAGAAUGGAAAAGGACAUUGAAAACGGUCUACAGCAACAGCUUCAAGUGUCCAACCACUUGUACAAUUUUAUUGAAAAACAGACGGAGGCCAUGAACAAACAAAGUGAUUUUUUACGCAACAUUCAGAACUCAAUUAACGGCUUAAUCAUCCUAGGGUCAUCAAAGAAUAAGAACAAUGAGUACUUGGCCCAACAGAGCUUGCAAGAUACAGCACGCUACAUUAAUAGUGGUGAAAAUGAGCAUAUAAGAGCUGGAAUUGACAACACUUUAGGCUUGCUAUCACGUUUAAGGUCCCAAGAUCAACACCACAGGGAGAGGGAGAGGGAGAGGGAGAGGGAGGGUGGUACUACUUCGACUGCAUCGCCAUCCCAAUCUGCCUUGCUGCAUACCAAGACUUAUCCUUCUGUAUAUAGUCCACCUGCUCCCACAUUUUAUCAACCUCAACAACCUCAACAAGUUUAUGUUGCACCUACAACUUCCACACACCGACCUUCGGAAGCAUCUAUUUCAUCCAGGUCGUCCAUGGUAUCGAGCAGCAGUCCCCAAUUUCAGCCACCCCUGUCGCAACUACAACCCCAGCAGCCACCACCACAAAAACAACAUCACCUUCACAAUCUCCAUCACCAUCAGCAAAAUGUGCCUAGGCUGUCCUUGUCACAUACAUCCUUUAGUCAUAACACUUCACCUGCUCAAUUUCCUCACCAACAGCAGCCUCCUCAAGAACCAUUUCCAAGCUCAUCCUCCUCUUUGUUGACGCAAUUUGCACAACCCGUCAAAACGCCAAGAGAAUCGACUUUGGAGAAACGAUUAUCGCGUCAAGCCAGUACCUUGUAUGAGAUGUGGGAUGAUUUCAAGAAUUUGGAAAAAGAGUUAGCACAGCAUAAUAUAUCAGUCACGGAGUGGCUAAAGGUUCAUGGUUCAUCCGAACGUCAGUUCCGUCACACGAGGUUGAAGAUUAUCAAGUUUGUUGAAGAGGAGGCCAGGAGGCGUAAUGUCACCGUUGGGGUUGUUAAGGAGAUGUUACAUAAUAAAAUGAGGAAUCGGUUACGGCCGUGGACAUUGGAUGAAGUUCAAAGAAUGUUGACUUCAGGAAGAAGGAUCGAUUUGGAUGAUCCUAGAUUGUGA